UACUUUCUCGACAAUGACGCAGCAGGCAAUUCUAUUGUUUCGGCUCAAAUUUCAAACCGAGAUGGAACACUGUCUUCUGCAGUUAAAACACCUACAGGCGGGAAUGGUCUGCCGCAAUUGGCCGCUGUGUCGCAGGACUCUGUGGUUGUUUCCGGCAAUUAUCUGUUCAAUAUCAAUGCCGGAAGCAAUACUGUAUCAUUAUUCGGCAUAAAUCCUUCGAAUCCUCUACAUCCAUAUCUUAUUGGAGAACCUGCCCCUUCAUUGGGUCAUAUUCCAGUCUCAGUGACUUACUCUCAGGAGUUAAAUAUGGCUUGCGUGGUAAACGGCGGCGAUGUUGCAGGAGUGGCCUGCUUCUCAGUCGAUUCAAAGAGGGGACUUCGUAACUUGGGCCCUCUACGAUCAAUCCCACAACCCCCGGGUGCUGCUCCACCACCCGUGGGACCUCUGAUCAUCACUGGUGAUAUAACUUUUGAUUCCUCCUCCUCCGCACUGUUCACAACUGUUAUGAGUGCCAAUGGUGGUCCGGGGUCCUUAUACGCCUAUCCUGUCAUCGAUCGUCAGGUUAGCCAUACUCUAGUCAACAACACUGUCGAUGCUCUCACGAUACCCUUCAGUCUGAACUUCUUGGGCUCCGAUAAUAAAUUAAUCGUCACGAAUCCUCACAAUGGAUCGCCUGGUGCUGCACUUUUGGACAUCUCCCCUUCACUACAAAUCGUCGACGAAAAGCUCAUCACUAUCCCGGGACAAGAAGCAUCGUGUUGGGUUGCAGAAGCUCUAGAAUACGAUACGCUCUUUAUUAUGGACGCAGCAAGGCCGACAAUAACCAUUGUGGAUUCUAGAGAUGGCGCGAUUAAGGGACAGUUCAGCUUUGAAACACCCGCGGCUGGAGCCAUGGAUACCAAAGUUGAUCGGAACACUCUCUACACUAUC